CAUCAUAUACAAAAAUUUUCUUCCCACAAAGCACACUCUUAAGUUCUUUUACACAUAGAAAGAGAAGGGAAACCAAAAAAUGAAGGCAUCGUGUAUUGCAUUGUGUGCCGUGGUGGUGCUCCUCCUGGCUGAAGCCCAGGUCUCAAUGGCAGUGACAUGCAGCCCAACACAGCUGAGCUCUUGCGUGAGUGCCAUAACAUCUUCAUCUCCACCAUCUAAACUGUGCUGCAGCAAGAUCAAGGAACAGAAGCCUUGCCUUUGCCAAUACCUUAGGAACCCCAACCUUAAGAGAUUCAUUAACACCCCCAAUGCCAGGAAGGUUGCUAGCACUUGUGGUACUCCCUUCCCAAGGUGCUAGGUGACUGAACCUGUUUUAAGGCUCUCUUCUCUCUAUUUCUCUGCAGAACAUGGAUUAAUCUAGAAACAAAAGAGUCUUAAGGCUGGAGGAUAGGGAGAAAUUAAUUAAUUAUUAUAGUUCUGGUGUGGUAUAUCUUGUUUUGAUGUCUGUAGUAUAAGCAGUGAGGUUAGCUGUGAUGGGAAUAAUGUUGGGGUCAUGGUCUCAUGUCACCAAUUUGUUGACUUUAUUCAUGUGUGAUCUAUCAUAUAUACUACUAGUUGUUGCAGACGCACUAUGUUUAAUGAAUAUCAGUGUUGGAUCAUUAUCAAAA